AUGGGUAGGGGAGGGGCCCCCAAAAGAUGCAAGGAAGCUUUGGCUCAGCCUGAAGAGCCAGAGGCUUCACUAGGGGCCCCCAGAAGGAGACGGAAAGAGUCCAAAAAUCGGGGCUCGGGGGCCCCCGAGGGUCAUGGGGCCCCCGAGGGUUUGGGGACCCCCGAGGGUUUGGGGGCCCCCGAAGGUCCGGAGGCUCCCGAGGGUUUGGAGGCCCCCGAGGGUUUGGGGCCCCCCGAGGGCUUGGGCGCCCACGAAAGCCAGGGGGCCCCACAAAAAGCUGCAGGCGGCGGGGCAUGCGAUGCCGACACAGAUGAGUGGGUCCCCAACGAAGCCUUUCAGAAGUCUCUCGAAUUUAUCCCCAAACAAAUACCCUUUGAGGGGGCCCCCCGCGUCUCGACCCUCAGCGUGGCUUUGCCGGCUUCCAUAGUGGCCAAUGCACAAUCUGCAGAGCUGAGGGCCGCCUUGGUGGGCUGCAUUGCCAGGUCUUUGACAGUUAUGGGUGUUGAUGAAGUAAUUGUCUAUGAAGACUGCGCGUCUGCCAUAGACCCAUCGACGGGUCGCUCUCCCUCUUUGGACUUCUUUGUUCGCAAUCUACAAUAUUUAGAAACUCCUCAGUUCCUUAGAAAACGGCUUUUCAAGCUGCACCCAGGCAAGCACUGCAGCAGAGCCAGGGGCCUCCCAAGGCUACCGCUAGGCCUGGGAGGGCCCCCAGGUGCCCUUGGGGAGGGGCCCCAGAAGCCCUGCGGGGGCCCCCCCAAGGCUCCCGCUAGGCCACGGGGGCCCCCCAGGGGCCCUUCGGGGGCCCCCAUUGCUACCUCUAGACCAGAGCGAGGGUCCCCAGGGGUCCUGAGGGGGCCCCCAAGGCUGCCGCUGCGGGGGUCCCCGACCAUGUCCCAAGGGCCCCUUAGUCACCUGCUAGGGGGCCCUAUCCCGGGGCCUCUGGGGGCCCUAAGAAACCCCCUAGACGCGCCGCACCACCUGCGCCGCGAUGAAUGGCUUCCUUAUAGAGAAGGAGUUUCUUUAGAAAAGUCCCAAGGGGGGACCCUUGUGGAUUGUGGCCUUCUUUUUCCCGUUGCAUGUCAGCAGCAAAUCCCCGUGGGCACAAGGGUGACGCUGCGGCUGCACCCCUCGCUGCGCACUGCUGGCGACUUGAACCGGCUGCUGCCGUCUCAGCGCAAAUUCGUUUUGCGGGGAGAAGCAGUUUCUCCUCAAGAGCCUCCGACUCUAGCAGGGCUGUACUGGGGCUAUCAAGUUCGCGCUGCGAGUUCUCUGCGGGAGGUGUUUAGAGGCCACAAUCUGAGCAGCAGCAAAAAGAGCAGCAAAAGUCAAGAAGCAGAUAACAAAAGUAAAGACAAAGAACUCAAGAGAGAAGGGCUUUAUGACUGCAUUGUGGGAACUUCUGAAAGGGGAGUCCCGCUGCAGCAAGCAGCCAUGAGCAUGCAGCACGGCAGCUACAGCCAUUUGCUGCUGGUCUUCGGGGGCCUCAGCGGCUUAGAGGCAGUUCUAAGGGACCCUCAAAGUGGCAUAGCAGCAGCAGCAGCUCGUGCUGCUGUUAGCUUCUGUGCUGCUGAGGGGCCCCCCUGCCCUUCGAAGGGGCCCCCCUCAUCGGACCUGCGGCGUGCCUGCAGGGCCCUGGGGCACCAGGGGGCCCCCGGGGGCCCCCUAGGGCCCCUCAGAGAGGGUACAGAUGCAGCAGUACCCCCUGAAUGCCUUUUUGAUUCUUAUGUUAAUACUUGUCCUCUUCAGUCUUCGCGAACUAUAAGAACUGAAGAGGCGCUGCUGCUGACGCUUGCUGCGCUGCGGCACACAGGGGUGCAUUCAAGGGGGCCCCCCACGCAGCAGCAGCAGCAGCAGCUGCAGCAGCAGGAGCAGCAGCAGGAGCAGCGGCAGAAAAAACGAAGACCUCACUUGCCUCCCCUCUUGGCAGUUAUGGAGGAAGUCGAAAGACAAAAAGAGGGUGCACAUAGGAAAGAGAAGUAG